AUUGAAUUAAAAUAAUAAAUGAGUGAAAAUUAAGAAAGUAAUCGUGAUAGAGAAAUAAGAGAGUAAAUGAAAAAGUAGUAUAUGGAAGAGGAAGCUAAACUUUAAUAGGGAAUGGAAGAAGAAGAAUCAGCUUUGAGGGAUUACUUUAAAAAUAUUCAAAAACCCCUUCCAAGUGAUCCUACAAUAAUCCGUAAUUGCUAAUGCUAUAUAUAAAGGUAGAAAAAGAUAUAAUGAGAAAAUGGCUACUUAUUAGGAAGUUAUUAAAGACAUAUCAUUGAAAGAGAUGGUUAAAACAAUUUGGUAAUAUUAAGCAAGUACACCAGAAGAGAAUGAAACAUUAUAUGACUGCAAAUAAUAUUUUAAAUGGAGAUGUUAUGAAGGAAUGGGUUUAUGUUUAGCAAUGACCAGUUUUAUAUCAUUUUGGAAUAGACGAUAUCUUUCUUAUAGUGCUAAAGGAUUAGGAGUUUUUGUUGGUUUAGGAACUGGUUUUGCUAUGGGUUUUCUUAGAUCAACUUAAUAUACUCUCUAAAGAUUAGAAGAACUUGGUUAAGAUUAUUAUCUUGGAAGAUUAGCGAUUAAUGAAAUUGAAGACUUUAGAAUGGACAAAGUAAUUAAGAAAAAUAUUUGAGUAUUAUUAUAUUAA